AUGUCCCAGGUCGCUUCUCAGAACCGUUUCGCCUUCCUUGGCAACGACGACUCUGGCGAGGACAAGCCAAUUGCCCCCGUCAAGACCGUCGACAAGGCCACCGCCCGUACCACUAAGCGCAACGUUGAGCCCCAGGCUCCCGCUGCUCCUACUCGCGGCACUGGCAACCGCCGCGGAGGUCCCCGUGGAAAUGAGGGUGCUUUCCGCGACCGUGGUGCCGGCAGCGACAGAAACCACGCUCGCUCCACCGACGAGGCCUCUAGAGAUGGCCCCCGUGGUGGCUACGGUGCUCGUGUCCGUGGCGGCCGCGGCUCUCGUCGCCCCCGUGAGAACGAUGACCGCCACACCUCUCGCACUGGUGUCCACCCUGGCUCCGAGAAGCAGGCUGCCCAGUCCUGGGGCGCCAAUGAAGGCGAGGCUGAGCUGAAGGAUGAGCAGGCUGGCGAGGCCAUUGCCCAAUCUGAGAAGAAGGAUGCCCUUGCCGAGGAUGCCGCUGGCGAAGAGCCCGCUGAGCCUGAGGACAAGAGCGUCUCCUACGCCGACUACCUCGCCCAGCAGGCCGAGAAGAAGCUCAGCCUUGAGGGCGGCUUCAAGGUCCGUGAGGCCAACGAGGGCAGCAAGCUCGACAAGAAGUGGGCUGGCGCCAAGGCCCUCGAGAAGGCCGAGGACGAGGACUUCAUCUCCGGUAGCCACGGCAAGAAGCAGCGUGAGCGUGAGCGCAAGGUCAAGCAGACCAUCGACUUCGACCCUCGCUUCGUCGAGCCUGAGCGCACACGCGGUGCUCCCCGUGGCCGCGGCGGCCGUGGUGGACGUGGUGGUGAGCGUGGCGGCGAUCGUGGCCGUGGAGGCAACUUCCGCGGUGGACGAGGUGGUGCCGCUAACAUCAACACCAAGGACGAGUCUGCCUUCCCCAGCCUCGGCAAAUAA